GCUUUCCAAAUUUUAUUUCCUCUAGAGUACUUGCCGCGGCUGGUUAAGAUAGACAGGGUGCAGCACCCACGUAGAUCUACGAGCCCGCGAGCUGACAAAGCUCACGGCGGCGAAAAUGGUGCUCACCAGGAAAUGGUGGAAGAUCAGCCAUCUCGCCGGCGGCGGCAGAAACGACAACGAUAGGUUCAGUCUUCCCUCAAUUGACGACUUCAAACCUUUGGACACCGAAGAGCAGGAAGAGAUGAUUAGGUCUUUCGAGAGAACGCACGAACACCAGAGUCGUUUAUGGAGGGGCGUGUUUGUUGCACUCCUCCUUGGGUAUGAGGGCUUCUGGAUACAUUCCAUCUUGCAGCAGGCCUGGAAUCCAUGGGAACUGCGCUAUCAUGCAUACUUUAUGGAAGAUGUUCCUAGCUGGAUGGUUAUUUCUGCAGAUAUGGUUGCCAUCCUAGCUUGCUUAUUGGCGCUGAUGGGAAUGCUCCAAUGCUCAAGAUCUAAUCAACAGUUGAUAUGGCACUCAUUUUAUGUAGGGCUGGUGCUUGCUGUCUUUUGGUCAUAUUUCAUGUUAAGUUUGCCAAAAUUCCGUUGGGAUAUACUUUGGCUUCCCUUUGGACCUUUGAGUGCUGCCAGUAUAUGCCUCUAUGUUGACCACUUAAUCGAGUCUUCAAGGAAAGAGAUAAGAUCUCUUCAAAACUUCGUGUAUGAGUAUAAAAGAAAGUGAGCAAUCAGCAUACUUUCAGAUAGCUUCAGCUGUAAUUCCAUGCCUUCUAAACUUAGAAAUAUUCAGAUGCUGUGAAUAUGCGUAGAUGUUACUUAUUUUGCCAAGUUUUCAUAGUAAAAAAUGCCCAUGAAAUGUGAGCUUGGAACCGAAAUGCUUGUAUUCGUUACAGGAAUAUGGCUCUGACCUUCAAAGCAAGUUGUGUGAAUGAAGCAGGCUUCUUUUUCGUA